UUCAAGCGUGGUGUUCUGUUGCGUGAUCUCCCGCAGCUAUCCUCAGGAAACAUCUCCGUUCACUGGCAGUCAGCGCUGAGCGCCACAGCAGCCAAGUGAGCUGUGCUGUGUGUGCUUGUGUGUGUGUGUGAGUGUGUGUGUGUCUGUGUAUGUAGUCUACCCCUGGAGGGGAGAAAACAACAGCAGGAAUAAAACUUGUCCCAUAUUUUAUAUUUGAAACGCGCGCAUUGCACCGGAGUCUGCAACAUCAUGAAUAUUCUCAUCUGUCUGCUUUGUGGAUUGUAUGGCGUAUCUGCGAAAGAUAAAGAGCCAAAGGGGAAGUACAGUGUUCCAAUACUGGAUGUGAAAACCCAGCAACUGGUUCUGGAUGCCAACCAGACACUGCUGCUCAACUGCAGGGGUCGCUGGGAGCUGACUUGGGGGUUCCCAGCAGGCUUGGCCAGAGAUCAGGUGCAAGUGGAGGAGUCACGCUGUGGGAGGACAAAACAGCAAUACUGCAGCCGUGUGACCAUCAAUCGCGCACAGGCCCUGCACACCGGCCAGUUCCGCUGCCGGUACCGACACCGUACCCGAAAACAGACCUCUGUUUAUGUAUAUGUCACAGACAGCCAGCAGCCAUUUGUGGAACAUCCGACUAUGAGCCCAGAUGUGUUGUACAUGAAGGAAAGGCAGCCGCUGGUCAUCCCCUGCAGGGUCACCCACCCUAAUGUCACCACCACGCUUGUCAAGUUCCCCAGCCACAGCCUAAGUCCAGACCAGAGGAGCAUUGUUUGGAACAGCAAGCAAGGCUUCACCAUUCGAACUCCCACCUUCUAUUACAUCGGCCUCUUCUUCUGCCAGACCACCACUGAUGGCGUCACACACAAGUCACGUAUAUACUUUGUCCACAGACCAGUGAGUAAUAUCAUGGAGGUGUAUCUGAACAGCAGUGGUCCAGUGCAGGCCCUGAAGGGAGAGAGACUGACCUUGAACUGCACUGCCACCGGGGAGCUGAACACCAGAGUCAACAUCACCUGGGACUACCCUGGAAAGAAUAACAACACUGCUGUCACCUCCAAAAGGAUCAUGAAACACAGAACGCACAUGUUGUUCUACAGUAUUCUGACCAUCCCAAAGCUCCAGCGUUCAGACCGAGGCCUGUACACAUGCCGUGUUACCAGUGGUGAAAAAACAAAACAACAGGAAGUCCCUGUUACAGUCUAUGACCGUCCAUUUAUCCGUUUGAAGCCCAGACAAGGGGCUGUGAUGGAAGUUCAAGCGGGACAGAAAUCUUACCGAAUCUCUCCCAAACUAAAAGCGUUCCCUGUCCCUGAAGUCAUCUGGUUGAAAGAUGGCAAGGUGGCAGCAGAGCAAUGCUCCAGAUACCACAUGGACAUGAAUUCUCUGGUGAUCCGGGAUGUGGCAGAGGAGGAUGCUGGAAAGUACACCGUCCUGGUACGAAUCCAGGAACACGGACUCUACCAGAAUCUCACACUCACACUUGUGGUCAAUGUGAGUCCUCAGAUAGGGGAGAAAGCGGUGUCAUUGCAGGAUCCCGGCUCUGUGCCACGGGGGAGCAGACAAGCUCUGCACUGCACAUCCCAUGGUGUCCCUCCUCCGCACAUCCAGUGGCUCUUUCAUGCCUGCCCAUCCAAAGGCCUGUGUGUGUGUCCAACGUCGUCCUCGCUAUGGAGCCCUGUAACAGAGAGUAUCCCCGCCACGUCCACAUACAACCACAUUCUGAGUGUUACGCACAGACAGGAAGUCCUUCAGGGGAAGAAAAGGACGGUGGGGGUCCUGACUGUGGCAGAGGCCUUUGUGUCUGGAAUGUAUCGUUGCAUUGCCUCUAACUCUGCAGGCGCAGACCAACUAGACAUCCACUUCUAUAUUACAGAUGUCCCAGGAGGCUUCAGUGUAAGCAAAAGGGAGGAACCUAGAGAGGGUGGAGACCUCCAUCUCACCUGUAUAGCCAAUAAGUACCUGUUCACAGCAUUGUCAUGGCAACGAGUGAACGACACAGAGGAUGCCCAAUCCCUGAGCCCUGGCCUGAGUAGGGUGGUUACAUCAGGGGAGUUCUCCCACUCUCUACUCCUGUUGCUUAACAACCUGACAGCCAGAGACUCUGGGAUCUACAGAUGCUCCGCCCACCACUUCGUCACAGGACAGGUGAUGCACCUGGACACACAGGUGGUGGUCACAACUCUGGAGCCUCCAGUGCUGCUUGACAAUUUGACAGAUUGUACUGUCAAUGUGAGCAGCUCCGUGACCCUCAGCUGUCCCUCUAAGGGCAUCCCACCCCCGACCAUCACAUGGUAUAAGAAUGAACGUGCUCUGUCGCAGGGAUCAGGCAUCGUCAUAUCACCAGAAGAUGGGACUCUCCAUAUUGACCGGAUCACAGUGGAGGACCAGGGUCUAUACACAUGCCAGGCCACCAAUGAGAGGGGAUCUGCAGAAAGCUCUGCCUAUAUAUGGGUCAACAGUGCCUCAGAAGCCUCAUUUUUAGAAAUCCCCACUCUCACCUGUACCUGUGUGGUGGCCACUCUGCUCUGGCUUUUGCUCACCCUCUUCAUACGUAAACUGAGACAGCCCAACAGCUCAAACACCAAACCAGAGUACCUGUCAAUCAUACUGGACACAGGAGAGGGUCCAAUAGAGGAGCAGUGUGAGAGACUGCAAUAUGACCCCAACCAAUGGGAGUUCCCCAGAGAGCGGCUCAAAUUAGGGAAACCUCUGGGCCGUGGAGCCUUUGGUAAGGUGAUGCAGGCAUCAGCAUUUGGUUUAGAAAACUCCACAAGCUGCAGGACUGUUGCAGUUAAGAUGCUCAAAGAGGGAGCAACAGUCAGCGAACACAAAGCUCUGAUGACUGAGCUGAAGAUUCUCAACCACAUAGGCCACCAUCUGAAUGUAGUCAACCUCCUGGGAGCCUGCACCAAGCCAGGAGGACCACUCAUGGUCAUUGUUGAGUACUGUUGCUAUGGGAAUCUUUCUACCUUCCUGAAGAGCAAGAGGGAGGUGUUUGUGCACAACAUGGUGGCUGAAGAAAAGGAUGAAGAGCCAGGGUGUGUUGGCAGUGUUAUUGAGUUUGAUGAGAGAGACAGCAAAGACAGUGAUCUAGAGCACAAAUCUGCCUCCAACUCGCCUUUAUAUCUGAAGGAUCUCAUCUCCUUCAGCUUCCAGGUGGCGCGAGGAAUGGAGUUUCUGGCCUCUCGCAAGUGUAUUCAUAGAGACCUGGCAGCCAGAAAUGUUUUGCUGUCAGAUAAUAAAGUGGUGAAGAUCUGUGACUUCGGCCUGGCCAGAGACAUUUACAAAGACCCCGACUAUGUCCGCAAGGGAGAUGCUCGCCUCCCUCUGAAGUGGAUGUCUCCAGAGUCCAUCUUUGACAAGGUGUUCACCACCCAGAGUGACGUGUGGUCCUUUGGCAUUCUGCUGUGGGAGAUCUUCUCUUUGGGAGCUUCCCCAUAUCCUGGUCUUCAAAUAGAUGAGGAGUUCUGCCACAGGCUGAAGGGGGGAACGAGGAUGCGAGGGCCAGAGUACAGCACACCUGAGAUUUACAGCACAAUGCUUGCCUGCUGGGAGGCCAGUCCCACAGACCGACCCACCUUCACUAACCUGGUGGAGACACUGGGAGACCUGCUACAGGCGAGGGUGCAGCAGGACGGGAAGGACUAUAUUCCUCUGGGAUCUUUCUUGACCGGAGACACAAAUCACAGCAAAACAUUUAAAGAAAACCCACUUGCUGUCACAAACCUGAGCUACAUGAGAGGUAUGGCCACACUCCAGACUUUUGAGGAACUGCCGUGCAAGGAGCCAGACAGCCCGGACGAUGAGCAGAGUGACAGCGGCAUGGUCCUACCAUCGGAGGAGCUGGAGCGUCUUUCAUGGAAUAAUGGCACCGUGAGCAGAAAACUUGGCAGGAUCUUCUCCUUCAGUAAAGGUGGGGACAACCAGGUGCCCUUCCUGCGCAAUGACAGCACAGGUCUCCAUGACGAAGAGCCGUCCAUCGUGCCGUGUGAUUGGGAGUCUGACGAAGGGAGUUCCCCUCCUCCUGACUACAACUCUGCCUUUCUCUACCCAUCCCUCUAGCAUC